AUGGCAGUCAGCGAGCGAGCCCUGAGCUCUGUCCUAGUACGAGAAGAGAGAACUCAACACCCGGUCUACUACGUGAGCAAGCUCCUGAGAGGAGCAGAAACUCGAUACACGCCAUUAGAAAAGAUGGCAUACGCCCUAGUUACCACCGCGCGGAAGUUGGUCCCAUACUUCCAAGCCCACCCAAAAGAAGUACUCACCGACCAACCGCUCGCGGGGAUACUGAGAAACCCGAUGUCCUCGGGGCGAAUGAUGAAAUGGGCCAUAGAAUUAACACAAUACGGAAUCGAGUACAGGCCCCGACCUUCCAUCAAGGCACAAGCACUAGCAGACUUCAUAGUAGAAUGCACAACGCAGGAUCGGAGAGGAAAAACAAAUAACGACGCCCCAGAUGAGUGGUGGGAACUAAAUGCAGACGGGGCAGCCAGCGCCAAGCACUGCGGAGGGGGAAUAAUGUUAACCACGCCAGAAGGGUUCAAGGUGUAUUACUCCCUGGAAUACCAAUUCAAGGUGUCCAACAACGAGGCAGAGUAUGAGGCAGUAAUCGGGGGCAUAAGACUGGCAGUCGCGCUAGGAGCGCGCAACCUGCGCAUCAAGACAGACUCGCGACUAGUGGUAGGACAAAUGAAAGGCACAUUUGAAACUAGAGGGGAAAAUUUAAAGAUGUACAAAGACGUUACGGAAGGCUUAUUGGAAAAAUUAAAGGCGCAUGAAAUACAACACGUGCCCCGAACAGAGAACGUAGAAGCAGAUUUAAUGUCCAAAAUAUCCUUGGGAGGAGUCCCAAGGCACUUGUCACAGGUUUGCAGAAAGGAGAUCAUCUACGCACCUAGUACAGAAUCCCUCGUAGUAGCCUCCGUCACCUCAACAGGCGUGCCUCCCCUACCCAAAUGGAUGGAGGAAUUCACAAACUACAUCACCAAAGGAGAACUUCCGCUGGACCCCACGCAGGCGGCCAAAAUCAAACGAAGAGCUCCAGCUUAUCGGCUGGAAGGUAGCCAGUUGUAUAAAAAAUCUUUCGGUGGCCCGCUACUGAAAUGCUUACAGCCCAGCGAAGCCGAACAAGUAAUAGAAGAGGCCCACAAAGGCAUAUGCGCCGCUCACCAAGGAGCCAAUACCUUAGCAAGGAAAUUACUGAUCCAAGGCUAUUACUGGCCCAACACGGUCCACGAUUGCAUUCAAAAGGUCCAGAAUUGCCAUACCUGUCAGAAGUUUGCAGAAAAGCAAGAUAACAGACGUCAAUUCGAUAGCAAGGAUUUCUCAGAAUUUUGCAAGAAUUAUGGCAUUCAGCACACUAAAGUAUCGGUGGCAUAUCCCCAAGCAAAUGGGCUGGUAGAAAAUGCCAACAGGACCAUCAUGGAUGGAUUAAAGAAACGAAUAGAAGAGGAAAGAGGUGCAUGGGUCGACCAGCUAGACUACAUCCUUUGGGCCUACCGAACUACUCCCCGUCGAGCAACAGGAGAAACCCCGUUCAGCCUCACAAACGGUUUCGAGGCUAAAGUCCCUAUAGAAGUCCUGAGCCCCACGGACAGGACAUUGCAUUACGAAGAUCAAGCGAACGAGCAGAUGAUGCAGCUGGAAAAGAACUUCCUCGAAGAACGAAGAGAUGUGGCCCAGUGCCGAAUGGUGGAAUACCAACGGGCAGUAAAAAAGUACCAUGACGCUCGAGUAAAGCCUAAGUACUGUGACUUAGGCGACUUGGUACUCAGGGAUAGGCAAGCAUCACAGCCAAACCAAGGAGGAAAGGUUGCCAAAAACUGGGAAGGUCCAUACAGGAUUGCAGCAAUUGCAAGACCCGGCACAUACAAAUUGAAAACAAUGGAGGGCAAGGCAAUAGAUCGCAUAUGGAACUCGAGCCGGCUCAAGAAAUUCUACCAAUAA